AUGUCUUUCCUCAGAGUCUCUGGGACCAAGAUCGUCGAUGCGCAGGGCGUUGAAGUCGUCCUUAGAGGAGCAGGAUUGGGUGGAUGGAUGUGCAUGGAAAACUUCAUUACAGGAUUUCCUGGCUGUGAGUUUCAGAUCCGAGAGGCUCUGGCAGAAGUACUGGGCGAACAGAAGGCUGCGUUCUUCUUCGACAAGUUCCUCGAAAACUUUUUCACAUCUUCCGACGCCGCAUUCUUCCGAUCCCUCUCCCUCAACUGCAUCCGCAUAGCCAUCAACUACCGGCACUUCGAAUCGCCUCUCAACCCACGCGUCCUCCUCCCCAACGCCUUCACCCAUCUCGACCGCGUCAUCUCCCUCUGCGCUGCCCAAGGCAUCUACACCAUAAUCGACCUCCACGCCGUCCCAGGCGGCCAGAACGGCGGCUGGCACUGCGAUUCCGGCGUCCACAUCGCCAAUUUCUGGAAACACAAACAUUUCAUGGACAGCGCCGUGUGGUUGUGGGAGCGCAUCGCGGAGAGGUAUAAGGACGAGCCGUGGGUGGCGGGGUAUAACUUAUUGAACGAACCGGCGGAUCCGCAUCCCGAGUUUGCGAGGCUCUUGGGGUUUUAUGAUCGUGCGAUUGAGGCGAUUCGGAACGUGGACGAAAGGCAUAUACUGUUUUUGGAUGGCAAUACAUAUGCGACGGAUUUUGGGAAGUUUCCGAAGGAUGUGAGGGAGAGGUGGGGAGAGAAUGUAGCGUAUGCGAUACAUGAUUAUUCGGUGUUUGGGUUUCCGAAGGGUGGUGUUUACGUGGGCGAUGAGGAGCAGAGGGAGAAGAUGAGGAGGGGUUACAAGAGGAAGAGGGAGUGGAUGGAUGAGAGGGGGCUGUGUGUUUGGAACGGGGAGUGGGGACCUGUGUAUGCAAGGAAGGAGUAUGAGGGUGGCGAGACGGAGGCGAUCAAUGAGAGGAGGUAUAUGGUGCUGAAGGAUCAGCUCGAUCUAUAUCAGAAGGAUAAACUCUCUUGGAGCAUCUGGCUCUACAAAGACAUCGGUUUCCAGGGCAUGGUCUACGUCUCUCCGUCAACGCCAUAUAUGCGGCACUUCAAGCCUUUCCUCGAUCGAAAACAACGUCUUGCGGUAGACGCGUGGGGCGCAGAUGAAUCAGGUAUCAAGCACAUCUACCAGCCCAUCAUAGACAUGAUCAAGGAGGCGGUACCGAACGAAGAUCUUCGUUUGUAUCCGUGGCCGACUUGGAACCUCGAGGGACGGGUGCACAGGCUUGCUCGGACGAUGCUGGUCGCAGAGUUUCUUGUCAAGGAGUGGGCGGAGUAUUUCAGAGGAAUGGACGAAGCGCGAUUGGAGGAGAUGGCGAGAAGUUUUAGGUUCGAGGAGUGCGAGAAGCGAGAGGGGCUAAAUGCAGUUUUGAGGGAACACGCUGGGCUGUCUCAGGCUUGAUUUAAGUAAAGGAUGUCGAAACAAAAUAUAUCAAGAGG